UGAUAUGUAUUGUUUUUGUGGAAAUAUACUAUGAUUACAUACCGGAAAUAUGUAAAAGAAACACUGUUAUAAUAAACAACAGUAAAAACCAAUCCCCACUUUAGAAAAUUUGAAAAAAACGAAUACUAAGUAACAAAAUAAAUUUAUACAGUCAAAAUACGUAGAUACAAACAUAGAACUCCACAGAUUGAUGUAAAAAUAAAAAUUAAACAAGAUGAAACAAAAAUUAUUGACUAAAAGUGAUCCGGAGUUAAAGAAAACUGUAAAAGUUCGAUAUGUGUGGUCAAACAUAAUAGUUCUCGGGGUUUUACAUCUUGCAGGAUUAUACGGCAUGUUUCUAAAGUUCCAAAAUAUACCAGCAGAUAUUUUCAUGAUAAUUUAUGGAGUAAUAUCAACCCUGGGCAUCACUGGAGGUGCACAUCGUCUAUGGGCUCAUCGUUCAUACAAAGCUAACACAUUAGCACAAGUUAUUCUUAUGUUCAUGGCGACGUGCACUUAUCAAAACAGUAUUUAUAUCUGGGCGAGAGAUCAUCGCUUGCAUCAUAAAUGUUCUGAAACUGAUGCUGAUCCUCAUAAUGCAAAAAGAGGAUUCUUUUUUAGUCAUGUCGGAUGGCUAAUGAUGAAAAAACAUCCUGAUGUUAUCAAAAAAGGCAAAACAAUCGAUAUGAGUGAUUUACAAGCUAAUAAAUUAGUUAUGUUUCAACAUAGGCAUUAUUAUCUCUUAGUUCUGUUGAUUGCAGCUGUGUUGCCAUCUUGUUUCGCGCAUUACGCACUUGGCGCAUCGUGGAAAGUCGCCAUUUUUCGUGUAACGAUUUACAGAUAUAUUAUUUCCGUUAAUUUGGUAUGGUGCAUCAAUUCUUUAGCACAUUUAUACGGAAAUAAACCAUAUGAUAAGAAUAUAGGACCAGUCGAACAAGGUUUUAUGCGUGUGGUUGCCUACGGUGAAGGGUUCCAUAAUUAUCAUCAUACAUUCCCACAGGAUUACAAAACCGGAGAAUUUCACAACGACACGCGUAAUUUAACCACAAUCAUGAUUGAUUGCUUGUUUUGGUUAGGCUGGGUCACCGACAGGAAAACUAUAUCAAAGAAUAUCAUCGAUGCAAAAUGCCUACGUUCAGGAGGAAACAAUCGAGAAAUCAAUACAACAAAAACUCGAAAAAUUAUUAAAAACAUUAAAUAUUUAACUUUAAACAUAAUAUUCUUGUCUAUUAUAUAAAAAUAGAGAAAUAUUAAAUUAAUUAUUAAUUAAAUUAAAUUAAAGGAAGAUAAUAAAUUUUA